AUGAAGUUCUCUGCUUUUGCUGUCAUUACUGCCGCCGUGGCCGGCGUUGGCGCCGUGCCCGUUGAGUCUGGCCCCCUCUCCUCCCUCCAAAACCGCGCCACCGAAGCCAUAGGCGGUGUAGUCUCCUUCAUCCGCCGCGAAGAGCUCGGCACCCCCGUCGUCCCGCAGCAGCUCAAGCGCGCGCCGCCGGUGCGCUUCCACAACGCCCGCGACGCGGAGUACCUCCGCCGGCGCAAGGACGGCGACGGCAAGGGCGGCAGCAACCCCGUGCCGCCGCUCAACCCGUUCAGCACGAAGAGCAAGGGCGGCAAGCGAGACGUGCUGGAGGCGCGGAAGAAGAAGGACCCGGAGGAGGUGCCGCCGUUGAACCCGUUUUCGACGGGGAGCAAGGAGAGGAGGGAAGGAGGGGAUUUGACGAGGAGGAAGGCGCCGCAGGAGAGUGUGCCGCCUUUGGCGCCGUUUUCGGUCGAUGGGGAGGAUGAGGAGUGA